CUGGCCUAGCGAUCAUGAAUCCGAUUGCAAAAGUACAGAUCGACCAGUUCGCGUGAUCGGUGUCCGAGCUAUUUGUCCUGAUGACCUCCAACGAUGACGAAGGGCUUAGCAGAAGAGUGUAUGCGGGUCGGGACCAUGUCUUUGGGCCGCCGGGCUCGCCUCGCUCGCCGGUCCCACCGAUGUUUCUGUCGGAAGAAAGUCUUCUCGAGUUUCGCAAUCGGCGAGCCCGGCGCGGGUCCCUCGCCCCCCAACAGCCAUCUGAGAUUCUGACGCUCCUUGAGAUCGUCGGCUGUUGCCACCAGCUGGCUCUCGCGAUUGCCGCCACACUCGUCUUCCGGCUCUGGUUUGGCCUGAUCCAUCAUCUCUUCCGUUCGCCUGAAAGACUCGAUAAGGCCAUCCAUGCUGCAGUCCAUAACCUUGACUAUCGCACUGACAAUUCCGAGUUCGUCCUCGCCGCUCGUGGCUAG